AUGAUACGGCUUAUCAAGAUAUUUGCGCUCGUUGGUGUGGUGCUGGGCAUCACCGCGAAUGCGCAAGGGCAACACCUGGCGCAAGCUCGACGAUCAAGCGCCCAACGAUUCUCAUCCGAGCUUCGCACACGUCCCUCUCUCGCCCUGCCGGUAGCUGCUAGAGGCACCUCCUUGAAGCCUCAAAAGCAGCAGCAGCAAAAGCAACUUCAACGACGCUUUCUAGGCAAGCUUUUUUCUUGCUUUACAGGAGGAGCCUGCAGAAAGACGGUCAAAAGUCCGGAACAUUCUCAUAGGUGGUACGAAGAGCAGACGAUUCCGGACAUGACGCCUCACGAUGAUCACUCCAUGGUCGGCAUGACGCCAGUCAUGUUUAGGAACAAGAUUAGGUAUCCCACUAGCCUUAGACCGACGGUCAGAGACUAA